CGUGUUUGCUGGAUUUGUAAAACAGAAAAAUCAAUAAAAUUACUGUUGUUGUGGUUACUGAUGCCGGGUGAAAGAAAGGUUUUCCUAUAAAAGUACAUCAACGAUUAAUUUAACAAGAUGAUGGAACACAUAAGACAACACGAUUGGUGCGACUCGGAGCCUGAUAAUUACUUUGUAUUGGAGUCUGACAUUGACAAAUACAGUGUAAUCAACAAGAUCUUGGCCAACAAGUUCCACGACCCUCUGUUGGCGUCCAGCGAAUCAGAAGAUGAAGGAAAUCAAAGGCCUAUUCAUUGGGAUAAAAUAUUCAAGGAAAAAAAAGAGAAUGAGCAAGGAAUUGGAAACCGGCCUGUUGUUCCUGGCUUUUCACCGUUCCCACCGUAUCCAAAACUGUCUGCGCUAACCAUCCAGCAGCAUCAGCAGUUGCUCCGAGUGCUGUGUGGCCAGAACCUCGAUGUUAUGCCAAUGGAGUUCAUUGGCAGGGCCAAAAAAUGUGAUUAUAAAGCUUUUGAGGAACUGAAAGAAAUAUAUGAGAAGGAGCAAAAAGAGUUCAUAGAAUGGGGCAAAACAAUGUGGACUACCCAUUGCUGCCGAGUCCUGCGCCCCAAGCCAGUCGUGGAGAUGGUUUACGACUCCGAGUUCAAGGUGGCUGCGCACCGUUUUGAGAGCUUCCCCAAGAAUUUCCAUGUGGCCGCACAGAUACCAUUAGAGGAUUCGAAAAUUACUUGCGAAAUGGCACAAGUUGAUUCACUGAUCAAAGUAAGCACAACCUCGCUGCCACAGAUAAAAGAGCCGGACCUAUCUCGCGAGCGUCUGUACAUAACAGCAGCCGAGUAUCCCGCGCCUGAGCCCUGCAGCAAACACCCCUGCCGCUUCAUGCUGCCAAAGGAGAACUCCAUGACGAUACUGCCGCUAACUGAAGUGCAGCGGGAGUUAGCAGAAUAUGCAGUGGAGAAUGGAGCACACUGCAUCGCCAGCGAAGAAGCGCUGCGAUGUCUUAUGGAGCUGGAUAGGCACUGGUCGCUGGGCCUCUCUGUGUGCUCGGUUAUGUCUAUCGAUGGCGAUGGCAUAACCACAGUGGUGAUAGACAGUGAGUUCUCACUUCAAAGGGAGCCGGCGCUAGUCCGCACGCAGAAAGCCUUCCGGAAACUUCUGGAAUACACCCUUAUUCCGUCAGAAGAAAAGCAGUCGAGCAGCAAAUAUGACGCGAGCCCGAGCGCUGCGAAGAAAAGUGGAGGCUUCGGCUUCAACGAUAUGGAUCUCAGUGAUGAAGACGAGGACCAACUAAUCAUCGACACAGGUGAUCUUCAAAUCAAUGAUGAAGAACCUCAAACCAAACCAGCCAUUCAAACAAGAUCUUCCCAAAAGAACACUGAAACGGAGGCUGACAAAACGAAAGAAACAGACAAAGGAGAAACAAAUGACAACAAAAUUGACUUCUAUAACUGCACGUGUCGAGAGCCAUUGGACACUCCGCCAUCUAGGUCAUACACGAAGUGGAAAGUUAUAAAUACGGCUUCAAACGACGCAUACAGCUUUAUCGCUCAUACGCCACAUACAGCCAAGUUUGAUUCAGGGGGAGAGGUGGCGGUGGAACCAAUCUCAGAGUACCAGGUAGACCUGGGAGUGCGAGAGUUAUCGCCGCACACUCUGCGAAGCCAGGCUCUCGUGCUUAUGCUGAGGAAGAACGCGUCCAUCUUGAACGUGAGAAUAGACGCGCCGACGGGCGAGGUGGUGAAGACAGAAAUCGUCCACUACGAAGACUUCGUGAAGAAACACAUGGACGUCAUUUAUGACGUUCACAACCGCCUAUACACGCUACUGGACCAGCUACAGGGUCUGCUGCCAGGACACUACGUACUGCGGCACGAGCCGGCGCAUGGCAACAACGCGAUUCUCUACACAACGCUAGGCGGUCGCGGGAAGGCGGCCGCAUUGACGAUGCACUUUGACGCCGCGCUGCCACUCGAAGCAGACGAGACCGUCAGCCUGCGUCAACCGCCCACGCUGACAACUGGCCUGCUGCCUAUACACAAGUGA